AUGGGUAGGAAAAAGAUCGAGAUCCGUCCUCUCGUCGACGAGAGGAAUCGUAAUGUUACUUUCCUCAAGCGGAAAGCCGGUUUGAUGAAGAAAGCUUGGGAAUUGGCCGUUUUGACAGGUGCAGACGUAUCUUUACUCAUCUUUUCGAAUUCUGGGAAACCUUAUGAAUUUUCGACAAAAGAUUUGGACGGGGAAAUUGAUCGUUAUCUCGAUUAUGAAGGUCUUAUCGAACGUCGACGAGGUGCAGAAUUCGCAGCUAUGGCAGAUGCGGAUGAAGAUGAUUCUGAUGAUGAUUUCCCACGACGAGGUUCGACAUCAAAAGGGAAUACCUCAACUCCUGGACCCUCGAGAAGUCUGAAAGGACAAGAAACGUACAAGGCGAAAAUGACCAGUAGAAAAGAAUUAGCUUUGAUAGCGAAACAGGGAAAGGAGAAAAUGGAAAAAGAUGGAUCGUUUUUAGGUGGGAUAUUGGGUGAAAGUCCUUCUGGCGAUGAAGCGAGUGAGGAGGCUACACCUUCUGUUGUUGAAGAUGCGGCGACUGAAAACUUGAAUUAUGCUCUGAAUCUUCACUCCACUCGAUCACAAACACCGAAUCAGAAUACUUCUCAAACAACUAAUCGACUAAACACAAUGCCAAAUACCGCAGGACCUUCCAAUCCCUCUAUUCCUUCGGUUCCUCAUCUUCCUACUCAAUACAAUUUACCAACUCAUCACACUCCAUCUCACCCUCAUCUCCCUCAAAUUCCUCAACAAUACUAUCCCUCUUACCCCUCUCAAACAUACUCUCAAACAUAUCUUUACAAUCAACCAGCUCAUAUCCCAUCUAUGCAAUGGAAUCAAGAAGCUCUCACGCGAUAUGCAGAAGUUCAACUUCAAGAGAAUCACAGAAGACAACAAGUCCAACUUUUAGAAAGACAACGUCAACAACUGAUCGAACUUGGUAUUCCCAUAGAUGAUGGAUCAUUGAUAGAUCAAUUAUUUGGAAAUCCUUCCACCUCCGCACAAACUCCUAUCACUAACAUUCAAUCACAAUCACAAUCACAAAUAUCAACACCACAACCGUUCAUUUGGCCAACACAACAAGAUACAGGAACUAGAUCUUCCAUACAACAUACUCGACAUGGUUUACAUAAUCAACAUGUUCAAAACACACCGACAGGUUUGGAUCUAGUAGGUGGUAUAGGAGGAGAUUUCAUGUGGCCAAAUGAACCUCCUACUUUACCUAGUCCAGCUUCCGUGAAUGAGAAUGAAAAAAAGAGGGAGAGAGAUGGUAUGGAUAGUAUGGGCAAUGAGAAACGUCUGAGGGUUGGGUGA